UAGCAGAAGCUAAAGUUGAUCUCACGAUCAUAACAACUGUGUAUCGUGUGUAAUCAUCAAUGAUGACGAGUUGAUACUCUCCAGUCGGAAGUGGUCCCAAAAAAGUCUCCAGUAACGCUGUGACAUGGAGUUUCUGGUUCUUCAAGCAUGGCCGGCACGAGCCUCAGUGUACCGCCAUGUUAGGUUUGGGCUGCUGCAACUCUUCAUCCCCGCCGCUCAUCCCUCGUUCUUUAAAUGUCAGCAGAGGGCAAGAGGCGCCCAGGGUGGCUCUUCAGAUGUCGCAGCAGGGAAACCUGACCACCGGCGGCGUUGUGGUCGUGGUCUUGCCCAUGACGUUGGGCAUCGUGUCCAACAUCGUGGCCCUGUUUAUCUUGGUGAACGCAUACUCCCUCCAGCGACGGCGCUCCAAAGCCACAUUCCUCCUGUUUGCUACGUCACUGGUUGUAACAGACUUCAUGGGCCAUGUGAUCCCUGGUGCCCUGGUUUUGAGACUCUAUCUGUCUGGAGGUGUGCGCCCGGAGGACUCCAGCUCUUCUGAUGGCAUGUGCCAGUUCCUGGGAGGAAGCAUGGUAUUUUUCGGCCUGUGCCCACUCUUCAUGGGUUGCGCCAUGGCUGCAGAGCGUUGUCUGGGUGUCACCAAGCCACUCCUGCACUCCUCCCUGGUCACAACCACUCGCACUAAAAUGUGCCUGUGUGCAAUUUGGCUGGCCGCUCUGUGUGUGGCCUUGCUGCCGUGCUUGCAGCUGGGCUCGUACACCUAUCAGGACCCAGGCACCUGGUGCUUCAUUCAAGUGCUUGGCGACACUCAUGAUGCGGACGUGGCAUUUGUGGUGCUUUUCUCUGGGGUAGGCCUCACCUCCCUGGCUGUGGCAGUGGUGUGUAACGGCAUCAGUGGACUGACUCUGGUGCUCGCUAGACUGAGGAGGAAGCCUGGGUCGCAUUAUCCAGCAAAGUCACAUGACAUCGAGAUGGUGGUGCAGCUGGUGGGAAUUACUGUCACCUCGUGCAUAUGCUGGUGUCCUCUACUGAUCUUUGGCCUGAUGUCCGCGAUGCACUCCUACACAGGAUCUACUGGAGAGGAACAUUACAACUACAAAACACUUCUGGUGAUGGGCGUGAGGCUGGCCACGUGGAACCAGAUCCUAGACCCCUGGGUCUACAUCCUGCUGCGCCGAACUGUCCUACGGAAGAUCUACCUCAUUGCAAAGUGCCAAGCGGGCCUGGGGGGACAUUUGUUUGGAUGCUUGGAUAGCGCAUCUCCUCCCGAGUCGGAGAAGAAUGAUGUCAACCAGGUCUAAAAAUGGGAGGACUGUGCGGAAAACAUCUUCAAAACCCCAAGAACUAAAGUCCUUCAAUAAAAGAAUAUAGUUGAUGAUGAUGAUGAUGAUGAUGAUGUUGUUGGAGUCAGUUACAUAAGUAAAGUCCAGCAUUUCUGGGCUGCUCCACUUGGGAAAUGGUAGAAAUGUAGACUAUAAGGAGUACUGAUACAAUGUGGAUCUUUUUAUUGUUAUAUUGUUUUUACAUUACAAAUGGAAGCAAGCUAACUUCUAUGAUUUUACACAAAACUUUACAAGUGUCCCGUUUUCUUAAUGCUUAUUUCAUUGAAGAAUGAAAAUGUGCUGCAAAGGGCUGAAGUUAAGAAUGUUUGACCCAGAAGAAACACAGGUUAUUUCCUUUCUCCAUCGCAGGAACUGUGACAAUAAAAGCCAACACAUUUUACAUUUUUUGUGUAUAUCCGACUGUGAAAGUAACAUUGAUUAA